AUGAAACACAGUCAUGUUGCGCGUGCAAGAUUACGUGCAACGGGCCGACGAAUUCAAGAACAAGAACGUCGAGGUGGUGUUUGUGGGGCAUGGAGGAAAGAAGAAGGGUGUGCAGUACGUAGAGACACUCAAGAUGGAAGGACUCGUGCCGCUCUACAUCGACCCGAAGCGAAAGACGCACACUGCGCUCGGACUCAUCGACAUCAGCUGGUCGAAGCUGUUGACCGAUUCGAAGGGUUUCCAGCUCUCCAAGGAGGCGUCGAAGCAGGGCUUCAAGGUGGCCCUCUUGGGCACCGGCAGCCACACGCAACUGGGCGGAGUGGCCCUGGUGAGCCAAGACGGCAUCUCGUUCUUCCACCAGUGCCACACCACCUGGGACUACCCGGAGGUCGACGAUAUGCUCGCCCUCUGUGCCAGCCUGCAGUAGUGGUGGUGGCGGUGGCGGUGGCCGAGACCAGCUAA